GGGAAGCGCGCCCGCAGCGCGGUCCAACUCCGUGUUUGCCCGUUUCGGCUGCCAAGGGAGAGGUUUAUCCACACAGUCAAAGUAAACAGGAAAGUUCAGGCGGAUCGUGUUUCAGCCCCUCCACUCCGAGGGGCUCCGCGGGGAGGGCGGCAGGGGCUCGGGUUGCUGGUAUUCGCUGAGGGAGCUCUAGCUCUCACAGGGAACCGCUACGUUCCCGGGGUGCCCCCACCCACCACGGCCACCACCUCCCCUUCCCUUGGGCUGUCACCGCUUCCGAGGGAGCCGGCGGCAGAGGGGCCGGCGGGGCUCUCCUGCCGGUGGCGCUGCCUUCUCCCUCUUCCCCACCGCACCCGGCCCCGAUGGGAGCUCUUCCAGGCAGCGCCGCGCCACAAGCCCAGGAAGCCGCUUGGCCACCCGGGACCGCCCGUGCCAAGAAUCGGCGAGGAGGGCGACGCGCCCGCUUCUCCCUCCCGCCCGCCCAGACCCCGCUCCAGCCACCUCUCCGCGUGCUUCCCGGCCGCCUAUAUAAGCAGCUGCGCCCGGGCUGCCGGCGAUGGAGUAGUUUGUGGAUACGACAGAGCGCAGGGACUGAAAGAGGCGGCCUCCCGCGGCAGCGGAUCCUUCCUUCUCGUCUGCUCCUGAACCCUUCGGGUCAGACCGCAAUGAGUGGACUGAGGUCUCCUGGGCUGCUGGGGCUGGUGCUCUUAAUGCUCUCAGCAGGGUACUGCAAAGAGAAAACUGACUCCUCAGAUUUGAAGGACAGACAGAGUCUCCUAAAUCUGAUCAUGGAGAUCAUUCAGGAACUGAAAAGGUACCACCUGGAGAAGGACAGUGGGAUGCAGUACUUCUCCAAGCACGACUAUAACUUAGAUAGAAGGGAAGUGGCCGACUACGGAGGAUAUCAGGACGAGCAGAGAGUUGAAAUAGUUCCCAGAGAUCUGAGGAUGAAAGACAAGUUCUUAAAGCAUUUAACAGGUCCACUCUACUUUAGCCCAAAAUGUAGUAAACACUUUCAUCGGCUUUACCACAAUACAAGGGAUUGCACCAUCCCAGCAUACUAUAAAAGAUGUGCCAGGCUUCUUACUCGGUUGGCAGUAAGCCCAAUGUGCAUGGAAGGAUAAAGAUGUUAUUACCAUGAAAAGAAAUACCAAGAACCAAGAGAAGUGCCUUGGAAACCAACAGGGAAAUAGAAUUUACUACCUUUAUAACAUAUUCCAUUGUGAACAAGAGAUUUAUUUUUGCAGAUUGACAGACUACUUCCCAUAAUUCUUUUAACAUGCGUUUUGUAUGUCAUCAACAGUUUGCAGUGACAUUCUUUCCAGUAGCGUAACUGCCAGUAGUACUUAAUGCUCCAUUCUUUACACUUUACAACUGAUGUGUAAUGCUACCAAAAAUUAUGUAAACACAAAUAUUUCACCAAGAAAAUUGAUGUUCUGUUGCUUAAUUCUACAGUUUCAAGGAAUGUUUGUUUGUAUAUCUAGAACUACUAAAGAUCUGCUCCACAGUAGUUGUGGUCACUUGAUAUCCUUCAUGCUUAUGCAAUUUUUUAAAAGUUUGGUUAAAACAGACUUGCAUUGGGGUCACAUUGUACCCUAGUAGUACAAAUUGCAUGACAAGCAGGAAUGUGAUUCCAAGCAGACAUAUUUUUUGGGACAAUGGAGCAUGGAUUUUGUACACAAACACAAGCUGCCAUUAAUUUACUUUAUAUAAUAAAUGUAUAAAACAUUCCAGCAAACGUGCAAUAUGUAAAUACUGUAAAUAAUAAGCGUAAGUAAUAAAGUGUUUGGUAUUAA